UUUGAAACUUCUUUCUCGCUCUCUCACAUUUCCCCCUUCUCUCUGUGUCAUGCGACUCGCGAUUCCUCCGAGCCCCAUUAAUGGCGACUGGGUCGGGUUCUCUAAUGUGGUUCCGCAAGGGCCUUCGGAUCCACGACAACCCAGCCCUUGAGCGAGCUUCGGGGGCCUCGAGCUUUCUCUACCCGGUCUUCGUCAUCGACCCUCGCUACAUGGCCCCGGAUCGGAGGGCGUUCUCACCCGGAUCCUCCCUGGCGGGCCUGAACCGGAUCCGGUUCCUGCUCGAGAGCCUGUCGGACCUGGACUCCAGCCUCAGGAAGCUCGGCUCGAGGCUGCUCGUGUUGAAAGGGGACCCCGGCGAGGUCCUGGUUCGUUGCCUGAAAGAGUGGAACAUCAACAAGCUCUGUUUUGAGUAUGACACUGAACCAUACUACCAGUCUCUGGAUGAGAAAUUAAAGAGCUUCGCAUCUUCAGCUGGAAUUGAAACAUUCUCCCCAGUGAGCCACACCCUGUUCAACCCUGCGGAUAUUAUCGAGAAAAACGGGGGAAGGCCGCCUUUGAGUUACCAGUCAUUUGUGAAGCUUGCUGGGAAGCCCUUAUGGGAAUCUUCUACACUUAACCUCUCAAUCUCUUCCCUUCCUCCAAUUGGAGAUGUUGGGUCCAUGGAGAUUUCUGAAGUUCCAACCAUAAUCGAACUCGGUUACAGCGACUCUGAACUGGUCGAUGAGACUCCUUUUCGAGGAGGUGAAUCUGAAGCUUUGAAGAGAUUGAAGGAGUUUCUUCCUAAUAAGGCUUGGGUUGCAAACUUUGAGAAACCAAAGGGUGACCCAUCUGCAUUUGAUAAACCAGACACAACCGUUCUCUCCCCUUACUUAAAAUUUGGCUGUCUCUCAUCUGGGUACUUCUAUCAAUGCCUUAAUGAUGUUUACAGAGACGUCAAAAAGCACACUCAACCUCCAGUUUCACUUCUUGGACAGUUGCUGUGGAGAGAUUUCUUCUAUACUGUCGCUUUUGGCACUCCCAACUUUGAUAGGAUGAAAGGAAACCGAAUUUGUAAGCAGAUUCCUUGGGAUGAAAGGGAUGAAUUGCUCGCUGCUUGGAGGGAAGCUAGAACAGGCUACCCUUGGAUAGAUGCUAUCAUGGUCCAGCUUAAGAAGUGGGGUUGGAUGCACCAUCUAGCACGGCACUGCGUAGCCUGUUUCUUGACUCGUGGAGAUCUGUUUGUUCACUGGGAAAAGGGAAGAGAUGUCUUUGAGAGACUCCUCAUUGAUUCAGACUGGGCAAUUAACAACGGGAACUGGCUUUGGCUUUCAUGCUCUUCGUUCUUUUACCAGUAUAACCGGAUAUACUCUCCUAUCUCUUUUGGGAAGAAAUAUGAUCCAAAUGGCAACUAUAUAAGGCAUUUUCUCCCCGUGCUAAAGGAUAUGCCAAAGGAGUAUAUAUACGAGCCCUGGACUGCCCCUCUGAGUGUUCAAACGAAGGCCAAGUGUAUAAUCGGGAGAGAUUAUCCAAAAACAGUGGUUGGUCAUGACUCUGCUAGCAAGGAGUGCAGGAGGAAGAUGGGUGAAGCAUAUGCACUGAACCAGAGACUUAAUGGCUCCGUCAGCGAGCAAGACCUGAAGAACCUGAGAAGGAAACUCGAAGAAGACCGAACCGAAGAGAAAAUAUAGGAUGAAGAACUUGAUGGAUUUCUUGUCAAAAGCGUCGUCGACACGCAUCGCAUUCUUCGAAGUGGUGCCUGCUCUUCCAUUUCAGCACAUCGAGAUAGCUUAUUUUGACACUAAUCACCCUUGUCAUAAUGUGAUUGGGGGGGAUAAGAUGUUAUUGAGAAUGAUUAUGCGAAAUGAUUGUGACAUUAAUAAUGCGGAAGAUGUUCACCUAUCUCACCUG